CUUGUAGUGAAAACACGUUGAAGUGAAAUGAGAGUUGGCAUGCUUCGUUUUUGUGUCUCGUCGUAGCGUAUGCUGACAAUGUUUAGAAUCAUCAGUAUCCCUUAGAAAAAACUGCGUUUUCUAAUGCGAGAUGCCAGAGUUAAACAGCACGACUGUGUUGGAGAGCCGUGCGCUUGUGGCACCUGUGACAGCGCUGGAGUUCCUUGGAGAUGACUACCUGCUGACAGGUGAAGGACCAAUUCUAUCCAUCUUCUCUCUCCAUGCCUCACCCAGACAAUGUACGUCACUUAGUGUUCUCCAUAACUACCGCAUCCAUGGCAUACGGCCUAAGGAGCAAAAUAAAAGUGAUGGGAAUGUUCCUGAGACGCCAGCUUGGGAUGACAGUGUGAGGCUGGUCGUUUUUGGCGGAAAAGGUUUGCGCCUUAUCAACGUCAGAACAUGUGGUUCUAGUUUGGAGGUCGCAGGCCCUCUCAUAGAGCUCCAGGAUUGGGUGUUGGAUGUUUCUUGGUUGAAACCGGGAGAGGCCUACCCAUUACUGGGCAUAACUCUUGCUCAUAAUGCAGCUUUGCUUCUAGAGCCGCAAUCUGGCAAGGUCCUGACCCUCUGUUCCUGUUUAGAGGUGUGCCUGCUUUACUCUGCGCUUCUGAUUGGACCGAGCUGGGAAACCUCAGUGCUGGUGGGGGGAACUGUUUUCAACCAGCUGGUGCUAUGGAGGCCUGGGGGAGCUGGAUCCAACAGCCAGGCUCAGAUCGAGAGGCGUCUGCUGGGUCAUAAAGGCGUGAUCUUCAGCCUGUGCUACCUCAAGAGCUCUGGAUGGCUGGCUUCAGCCUCAGACGACCGCAGCGUUCGCGUGUGGCAUGUUGGCAGGGUGGGUGGAGAUGGAGGGUGUGGAGAAGAAUCGCCCACAUGCUUGAGGGUACUUUAUGGGCACCAGGCUCGGGUGUUCUGCGUAAGGCUCUCGCCUGGUCAGGUGUUCAGUGCCGGGGAGGAUGGGGCUUGCCUGUUGUGGGAAUGGGAAGGGGAUGGCAGAGUUGGGCGAACGUUAAAAGGUCACAGGUCAGGUGGCAUCAGGGCAUUGGCUGUCAGUAAAGGCAAUGCAGGUGAAGGAGGUAGAUGGGUGGCUACUGGAGGUGCUGAUGGAGGGGUACGGCUGUGGCAAGUAAUAGAACAGAGCAGCGAGAGAACAGAGCCCGAGAACCAAAAGGAUUUGGGGUUUCGCGGGCGAGGUUCUCCCAAGGUGGUACGCUCAGUAGGAGGUCAUGACUCUGUUCUUGUCUGCACUGAUCAAGGUGAAGUGUUUUUGUAUCGAGAUGGAUUGUGGGAGGCAAUUUGGAAUGGUGGUCCUGAAUUCCAGUCCUAUUGUGUAAUGGAAGUAGCAUACAUCCGGUUGCAAAAUUCGUCCACUGAUGAAGGUUUGUGGGUGUGUGCUGUGGGGAAUCUUAGCGGAGGUGUCCAGGUGUUUCCCCUAAACCAUGCUGGCGCAGGUAUUUUCUUGCAAGCAGGUGAGGGGAAGAUCCACUCUUUACAGUGGGUGGAAGGGCAUGGUGUCUGGGGUUUUAGUUGGUGCCUCUUGGCUUCUGGCUCAGAAGGGCUUGUCUGUAGAUGGAUGGUACAGGUGGAAGAGGAUGAAACAGGACCAGUUUUGAUGCUGGAGAAGAUGAAGUCGUUUCUGCUGCCGCCUUGUGCUAAACGAUGGCUGACUGCUGCUGUUGUGAUGCCAAGUGGAAAGGAUGUGUCAUGGGUGUGUGGAGACCGCCGGGGCUCACUGUUGCUCUACAGAGAGAUGGUGAGAGGUGGGGAGGGUGAGGAGAAAAGAGAUACUGAAGAAAGGGCUGAUGGGAACAUAGGGCUGGAGAACAAUGUGAACGACAUAAGGGCUCACAUCUCCCCAGUCACCACACUGUUUGGCGUCCAUGGAAAGCAAGGUGUUACAAGUGUGUCUGAGCAUCAGCGUGUUUUUUACAGCACUGGCCGGGAUGGGUGUGUGCGGGUUCUAACGGUAAAAGGGGACUCUUUAAAUGUGCGCCGGAUCCAGCGAGCUUGCAAAGGGAUGGAGUGGCUGGAAAAGGUUCUGUUUCUUGAUUCUGAUGGACUACACCAUGAAAAGCAUAAAACUAAUGAUGAAGAAAGUGAGAAACAGGAGGAGAGAUUAGCAGAAACAGUGCCGGAGGAUGGAGGAGUUGAAGGAGAAGAAAGCGAUGAAGGUGAAGAUACGUUGACCAAAGAGGCCAAAGUGAAGGAGAAGUGGCCAGAGAGCAAGGGAGAUGGAGGUACUACAAGAAACAGUGUCUCAGAGGCCAGUUUUGUAAUGGUUGGCUUCCAUUCCAUCCAGUUUGUUUUGUGGGAUCCACUGAGGCAAGAGAAGCUGUUCUCAGCAGCUUGUGGAGGAGGCCACAGGUCAUGGGCUUAUAUCUUCCCUUCCCAUGUUCAAGCACACCUGUCAAACCACACAGUUGGGCAAGGUACCCUGAUCUUCAUCAAGCAAGGGGCUGUCAUGGCGUCACAUUCUUUAACUUCCUCAGCAACUGAGGUUAGAGGCCAUACCCUGAGAGAGGGGCUCCACGGCCGAGGUUUGAGCUGCGUGCACCACCUCGGCAGCAUUUCCAAGCCUGGGGUUUCUUCUGAAGCUUGGGAGGUGCUUAUUACAGGUGGUGAAGACACCACAGUGACUGUGCUUGCAGUCAAACCCGAGCAGGACAUGGUGAAAGUUCUUGCCAUUAUAGCUGACCACAUCUCCAAUGUUCGGACCCUGGCUGCAGUCCCAACAGGAGUAAAAGAAGACGGAAAAAGUGACAGGUGGACAGACCCAUCUUCCUCUUUCUCCACACUGGUGUUCUCCGCUGGGGGGCGGGCUCAGCUGCAGUGCUGCUACCUCCUGAUUGGCUGGGAUGAGCAGUUCAACCGGCCUGGCUGUCAGGUGACUCAGAUCGCUGGUCACCGAUUGGACGAGCAGUGGGAGAGGAGACGGGAUCGACAUAAGACAGUGAAAAUGGACCCUGAGACAAGAUACAUGUCUGUGGCAGUGGUGCAUGAUGGCACAGAGGUGAUCUUCUUGGCACUCGCCUGCAGUGAUGGUGCAGUAAGGCUUUUCACUUUGGGAAAGGACAGCAAAAAGAUUGAGCUGCUUUGGGACAGUUUUUACCAUCAGCGCUGUGUGCUCAGUGUCGCCUCCUGUAGCUUGGAGGACCUACAUGGCAAACAGCAUGUGUUGUUGUUUAGUGGGGCUACAGAUGGUGCUGUAGCUCUGUGGGAUCUGACUACAGUGUUGGACAGUAAAUCCAAGGACAGCUGGGACGGUCCAUCUACUCCUUGCUUCUCUGUCCCCGCCCAUCAGAGUGGAGUCAACACCCUCAUAAUAUCAGAACGCUAUGAGGACAUUAUCACUUUGGCUAGUGGUGGAGAUGAUGGACAACUAUCGGUGAUGAAGAUCAGAGUAGAGUUAAAUCAACCAGAGACAGGAAGUGUAUGUCCACAGCUGCUUUCUCAUUGGUCCAUUCCAUUAGCACACUCCGCCCCCCUGACCACCCUGAGUGCCCUAAGUUCAACACUGCUGGUGUCCACCUCUCCAGACCAGCGCGUUUGUGUGUGGCGUUUGUGUGAAGAUGGACUUCACCACCAGGGAGCGAUAUUCUCACACACUGCAGAUGCUUCCGGUGUGUGGGCGUGGCACAGGGAAGGGCCAGAACCAGAGGGCGGAGCCUAUGCUGUGGUUUGUGGGCAGGGCUUGCAACUCUUGAAGCUAACAGAACGAGAAAAGGAAGAUGGAAGAGAAAUGAGAACAAGACAGAAAGAGCAAGAAAGACAAAAAGUGGUGUUUGCGGGUGGUUUUGUUUGAGUAUGAUCUGAUGGAAUAUUUAACUAUUUAUUACUUUAUUGACAAAGCGUGAUGAGACAUGAUUAUUUGAAUGUAAAGUUUUAAGAUUCUAAAUGUUUUCGUCUUUUAAAUUGUGAUCUCAUUACGUACGUUACAUCACAUAAACGUUUCAUUACGUAGACCAGCAGACACAGUUCAGAAUUACUUGAAAUAAAAACUUGUUACAUUAAAGUUAAACAGGGGCUUUAGCCAGAAUUAAAAAUUUAAACAUUGCUACAUCUGUUGUAAACAUGCCAACUUGCCUCCUAGAGUGGUGCCACAGGAGUCCUGAGAAGGGAAAGGUUUUCCGGUUUAAAAACAAAAAAAAAAAAUAAGAGCACCUUGGAGCAUACACACUAAAGGCUGUUUGAAAUGUUUUGGUUUUUAUCUGGCUAACGCAGAUGGAGGCCAGAUAGCUAAUGUCACUGGCAGAAAGCUGAAUAUCAUGUCUAUUUAUUAGCCUCUACAUCAGUGCAUUUCUUUGUUAGUGUUAGGGGUCAGUUCCCAAUGGUUGUAUGAUAUACUUGCACAAUGCUUGCUGGGUAUUGUAGUGAGAGAAGAUUGAUGGACAAAAACACAAAAAGAGUACAAAAACUCUGAAUUCUGUCAAACCGAAAAGAGUGGGGGGACACCACAAAAUGUUACAUACAGAAUAUUUACGUUUAAUCUGGAAUUCUUCUUUUAAUAACAGUUUUCCUUCUUCAUUUUUCUUGCAAUAGAAAUAUACUCUGCACCGAUGCUAUGAUCUAUGAUGUAUCAAAAAUAAAAGUUGCUAAUUUGAUUAUA